CUCUGCCAUUGGUGGCCGGAGUUGUCACAAGUGCACACAGGUGACCAGGGACGCUCCAAACAUCACAGCCAGCGGAACGAAAACAAUCAGCAGCUGGAGAGCCACGGGAGAGUAGCAGCCAUUCUACUGAAAUUAUAACAACACACAAAGACGCUCCCCCCGUAGUAUGUGUGUGAAAGUCCCAGCGGUUCCGCCGAAAGUAUCGGAGUGCACUGGUGGAAGAGCCACCUAGUUUCCCGAACCUGACUCCAACUUCGUAUCGUCUGACCUUCAUAGCGGGGUGGAGUGGUUUCUCUCUCCUCAUCCCCUCUUUUUUUCCUACUCCUUAUUUUUCCCUCAGUGGGGAGCGAUAUUGCUCCAACACUCACCACGCUGUAGUCCAUACUAGUUUGCGGCCCACCCUCUCCAGGGUGUCCAGAGAUGUAGAGAGCAGCGAGAGGAGCACAGCCCCAUCUUUCCCAGCACCACUUUCUCACAAAGAGCUUCCUCACUCUCUCGGGCUGGACUGCAGUGCGUCUGCGUCGGCUCGCCCCCCCCCCCCUCGCCCCCCAGCCAUGGCCUCACGAAUAGGGCUGCGGCUGCAGCUGAUGCGAGACCAGCUGCAGCAGGAGGAGCAGCGGGAGCGGCAACUGCAGCAGAAUGCGGCGCUGCAGUACAUGCAACAGCAGCGCAUGUCUGCCCCUGCACCCAGCCCUGCCAUCAACGCUCCACAACACUUCCAGAGCAUGCAGGUGCCUGUUGAGGUCCUCAAGGUGCAGACUCACCUGGAGAACCCUACAGACUACCACAUCCGCCAGUCCCAGAGACAACAGGUGAAGGAGUACCUCUCCACCACCUAUGCCACCAAGCAGACGGUGCAUGCAGUAACAGGAGUGGUGCAGCCGUCCCCUCCCCCCACCCUGGCCCCCCCGGGGGCCUCUUCCUCGGCCCCCCCUCCUCUCCACUCCCCCCGGCUCCGUACAGAGCAGCUCAUCACAGGAAACAGCGCCCCCAACAGCCCCAUGGCCAUGCUCAACAUCGGCUCCAGCCACGAGAACGAGGUACACGAGAUGGAUGAGGUCAUCGAUGACAUCAUCAGCAUGCAGUCGAGCUAUGAUGACAUCCAGCAGUAUAUCGACCCUGUUCAGAUGUCCAACACACUCCCUCUGUCCAGCAGUCACCUGGACGUGUACACGGGCCCUGGGAUGACCGGUCAAACCAUCGCCAUGACCAGCAACUCCUGCCCUGCCAACCUGGCCAUCAAACGAGAGCUGACGGAUGCAGAAGCCCGUGCGAUGGCCAAGGAGAGACAGAAGAAAGACAACCACAACCUGAUUGAGAGAAGGAGGAGGUUCAACAUCAACGACCGGAUUAAAGAGCUGGGCGGUAUGAUCCCCAAAACCAAUGACCUGGACGUGCGCUGGAAUAAGGGCACUAUUCUGAGGGCAUCAGUAGAGUACAUCAAGCGGAUGCAGAAGGACAUGCAGAGGACCAGAGAGGUGGAGAACAACUUCAAGAGGAUGGAGAUGGCCAACAAACAGCUGUGGCUGCGCAUCCAGGAGUUAGAGAUGCAGGCUCGUCUGCACGGCCUCCCCAGCUCCUCUCCCUCUGGGAUGGGUUCUGGUGACCUGAUGGGUUCCUACGUCAAACAGGAAACCAGCCCUGAGGAGAAGCUCCACCAGCAGCAGGCACAGCACCAGCACCAGGCCCAGGGCCAGCAACACCUCCCCCACCCCCAGUCCCACCACCUCCAGCCCCAGCAGGGCCAGCCCAUGCAGCUGCCCCCUCUCCCCCCUCACCUCCAGCCACAGCUUCCCCUCCAGUACCCAGCCGUGGGCAGUUCCCAGCCCUUUGACUUUGCCCAGUCGCUGGACUUGUGUGACGGGGUGCCUGGCUUCCCGGAGGGCCUGUCGGGGCUAGGGGAGCUGGGCGGCCUGGGUACCCAGGGAAGGAGAGGCGAGCUGGGCUUCUUGAUGAUGGACGAGCCCCUGUCUCCUCUGGGUGGAGACCCCCUGCUCUCUGCCAUGUCCCCUGAGGCCUCGGUCGACUCCAGCCGCAGAUCCAGCUUCAGCAUAGAGGAUGCAGAUAUACUGUAGAUGGAGUAUACACACACACACAUACACACUGUAGAACCACACACAUAGUAUACACACACACAUAUGGUACACAAAGUACACACACUGGACAUACACCCAGAGCAGUGAUAUACCGUGAUAUGCUUAUGCUCUGUUCAACAACCCUGCCAGCAUACAUUUGCACUCCAAACUCCCUCACACACACACAGAUACUGUACUCACACUUACACACACACACUCGACAUUCUCAUAGAUGCACACCCUUUCUUAGCACUCGCAUAGAUACACAUUCAACAGCAAUAUGAGAAAUGAAAUCCACGUUUCGGAUUGAAAUAAUUGUGUCCUACCACUGUAAAUAUCAGAGCACCUCUGAAUGAUAAACAAUCUAUUACACACACACACACACACACAGCACAGACAGCUUCUAGUUCACUCUAACACAGAAGGGCCCCUGUUAUUUGAAGGGAAAUAUGUGAGGCACUGACAAAGGUUUGAGACACAGUGUGACACACAGUCCUAGACCCCUUACUUUGUAAAACACACUGCCAUGACCUUUAGUCUGCAAGCUACUGCCAUCUCCUGUGUGACCUAUGACCUUUAGCCUUUAGGGUACUGCCAAGUCUACUCCAUGACCUCUGGCCCCAGUGUGAACUCUGAACGUUGAGGAGAGAUGGUUUGGCCCUGUUUGUGAGGUGUUGUAGCGAUGCAGGGGGUUCUGUAGCAACUUAGGGUGAAAUGUAGCUCCACAGGGUUAUAAGUAGUGCCACUAUGUAGCAACUCAGGAUCUUCUGUAGCCCUGACCCAAACCUGCCAAUGUGCCUUGUGUUAGCCGCCUGAAGCCCCACUCUCUCUGGCUGAGAUGGAGAUGGAGAGUGUGGAGUGGGGAGAGGGAAGGAGAGGGUUGUGUUUUAGUAUGUUGUACUGUAUGGUUAGGAGAGGGAGGAGCAGUCAUAGAGAUUGGCUCAGAUAACCCAGUAAUGUCGUAGUCUCCACUGUAACACACACACAGCAGUGUGCCUUGAGGCUGUGUUCAAAUCAAGACUUCAGUACCUCACCCAGUCUGUGCUUGUAGAACUGUCAGCUUUGGGUCGACCAGGUUAAAAUACACACACUCACCAGGUAUAAACCAAAUCAACUCUGUAGAAACCAAACUACGGCCGUACAAUACAUAAAUAAACUACAGGUAAACAAAUGACUUCCAGAUUUGGGUGAGGGACUGGGGGCAGUUCUUGGAUUUGAUAUGGCUUAUGAUCAGUGCAGAAAAAAGGAAGACAUGGUGAUGAUUUAAAAGGUAUUGGUUUGUAUUCUUUAUUAUAGUAUGUUGUUUUAUUUUAUCUCCCAAAGCACUGGAACCUAUAUUAUUUCAUUGACUUUGUACAUGAACGAAUUUUCAGUUUUAUGCCACUAAGCCACUUAAAAUGUAUUUUAUUUGUAUUUGUCCUUUUUAUUUUAUUCCUAAAGUACCUUUUUCUCUAAGAGCCAUUUAAAAGUGACAGUAUUUAAGCCACUUGCGUGACAGUGUACGACCAGUGGGGAGACAUAUUCUAUACUUCUCUUUGUGUAAAGAAUUAUUCAAAUUUCACCAGGCUUUGAAGAAAUGAGAAGAUCAUGUACAUUUACAGUAAGAUGUCAUUUUUAUAUUGAUUGGGAUUGUUUCUAUUUUUUAACCUAUAGAAAUUGGAGCCAGAGACUAAGUUGAGAGGUGAUUUAUUUGAUUGUAUUAAGUUUUAAUUGCGAUUUUUGUGAAUGUGAAGAUGGCCUGUACUGGUACCAAGCCAAACCCAGGCAUCACAAGAGCCGGGUAUUUUCAUUCAUGGUGCCUCUUUUGACCCCAACUUUGGUUUCCAUUUAGACUACUUCCUUCUGAUGGACUCAGAACUACCAUCGAGGAGUUCCGUUGCCAUAGCGUUGGCAUAGCCUUGAACAAACCUGACCUCCUCUCUGUCUGCCAGAGUUCGCCUUUACCCUGCUCCAAUGUUUGUAAUAGAUUGUUUUACUUUUGUGUAUAUUGUCCAGCCAACAUUUUAAAGAGCUUGUCUGCAGAUAAUGUGGUGUGUUGUCCCCUCUGUGGCUGUCCCCCUCCCCAUGUCACUGUAUUCCACUGAUUCUGGCCGACUGGUCAGGGGAAACUGGCAUUCUGGUUUUGCUUUGGAUAUAAAAUGUUUUACCAAAAUCCA